ACUCCUACGCCAUCUUGCUUAAUUGUUCGCUGCUCUCUCUGGUGCCAGUGGUCCAUCUUCUUUCCCACCGAGCAGCACCAGCGUUCCUCUCGAUCUACAUCUCGAAUCGGAGUAGAUCCAUAUCCACCUCCGUUGACUGGGCAGCAACAGGCAUCUCCAUCUCGAAUCGGAGUAGAUCCAUAUCCGCCUCCGUUGACCGAGCUGCAACAGGCUAGGCAGCACGGAAAGGUUGAGGGACGCAUGGAUGGCUACAAAGAUGUGGCAGGCCGGAGCUGCGCCGACGUGCAUCUGCUGGAAGAAGAACAAGAAGAAGCAGAAGAUUCUCCAGUAAGCCUGCUGGAUGGGAGAUAGCCGCAGCAUGGAUUUUAAGCUACAUGAUAUCGAAGAUAUAACAAACAACUUUGCAGAGGAACAGAAAGUCGGCAGCGGUGAAUAUGGAGAUGUUUACACGGCGACCUAUCAAGGGGAAGAAAUUGCCGUGAAGAAGCUCCAUCCACUGCAGGGACUCGAUGAUAAGCAGCUCUACAGCGAGUUUCGUAACCUCGGUAACAUACGCCACCAAAAUGUUGUGCGGCUAAUUGGCUACUGCUACGAGACUCGGCAUAAAUACGUGGAACAUAAUGGGGAGCUUGUCUUCGCGACAAGUAUGGAGCGGGUGCUCUGUUACGAAUAUAUGCAGGGCGGAAGCCUCCAUAAAUACAUUCAAGGUGAAGCUUGUGCGCUUGAGUGGCCCACAUGUUACAAGAUUAUUAAAGGGACUUGUGAGGGAAUAAAUUACCUUCACAGCUCGCAGGGAAAACCUAUUUUCCAUCUGAACUUAAAGCCUAGUAAUAUUUUGCUGGAUAGAAGUAUGACCCCCAAGAUUGCAGAUCUUGGUUUGUCAAGAAUUGUUGCUUCAACAAAAACACAUCAAACGGAGAUGCGCAAUGGAACACUUGGGUUCAUGCCACCGGAGUACGUUGACAAUGGCUACAUAUCAAAGAAGUUUGACGUGUUCAGUUUGGGCAUCAUAAUUAUAAAAAUGUUGGCUGGGGAUAAGAACUCCUUCCUUUGUGCUGAAAUGUCCCCCGAACAGUUUAUUGAGCUUGUAACUGAAAACUGGACGAAAAGGUUGCAGGCAUUGAUGAGGUAUUCAAUCCAGGAGGACAUCCUACGAGUGAGGACUUGUGUUGAGAUUGCGUUAAGGUGUGUCGACUCGGACCGAAACAAAAGGCCUUCCAUGAACGAUAUUGUUCGUGAACUGGAGGAACUAGAAGCCAAUAUCACAGUAAUGUCAUACCUAAUUGUGCAGACAGGAUCCAAGCCACACCAAGUGUCAUUACAACAUUUGAAAGAUAUUACAGCCAACUUCUCGGAGGACAGAAUACUUGGUAGAGGUGGUUUUGGUGUGGUAUAUAAGGGACUGCUACAAAACGGGGAACUGGUUGCAGUGAAGAAGCUUGUGCAGUCAACACCAAAAUCACAGAAGCAAUUUGAGAAUGAGGUUGAUCUUCUUAUGACACUGAAGCACCCAAAUGUAGUGCGAUUGUUGGACUACUGCUAUGAUACACAACAUCUGCUUAUUCCUUAUGAAGGAAAAUUCGUUCCUGCUCUAAACAUCGAACGUUUGCUUUGCUUGGAAUAUAUGCCUAAUGGAAGUCUUGACAAGUACAUUACAGUUGCAGAUGCGCCUUCUGCCCUUGAUUGGCAGACACGUUGCAAAAUAAUUGAGGGAAUUUCCAUUGGACUACGGUACCUUCACGAGGGAUCUAAUGUUCCCAUUAUUCACCUAGACCUAAAACCAGCGAACAUAUUGCUUGAUGAGGAUUUUGUACCAAAAAUUACAGACUUCGGUCUUUCAAGACUGUUUGAUCCAAAACAAACUAUAAAUACUGCAGCUGCUACUGGAACAUUAGGUUACAUGUCACUAGAAUACCAGCUACGAGGUACAAUCACACCAAUGGCAGACAUAUUCAGUUUGGGUGUGAUAAUCAUGGAGAUAAUAACAGGGCAUAGGGACUACCCAUAUGAUAUUAGAAAGUCUUCCAAAGACUUCAUCAAACAGGAAAUGCAAAAAUGGAGAAAUAAGCUGCAAAAGGAACCAGGAUAUACAACACUAGAAAUAGACUGCCAACAAAUCGAAAGAUACAUUCAAAUAGGUCUAAUCUGCGUGAAUGAUGACCGGUCAAAACGGCCUACAAUGAAGAAAAUUAUAGAUAUGCUUCAAGGGGUGGAAAGUAUGAAUUCGUACAUUCGCAACGAGCUAUCAAGCGACGACAUCCAGGAGGGGCUGUAGAUUACAAUCAAAAGAGGUUGCAACAGUAUCAAUUGCUUCUGUCUUCCUGGAUCAGACGUUGAAGAAACAAAUUUAGCAUGGUAGCUAUGAAGCCGGACGCCAUCCAUUGCACUCAGCGGCUCCAGAUGUUAGUAUCGAUAAGCACCAGUGCAAGCAAGGAGGUGUGGCACAGGCACCCUGUUCAUCCUUCUUCUCAGGUCGUCCGGUCACUUUAGUUUUUGAAUAAAUUGCCACCAUGUAGCAUGACAGAUUCUUCUGUUUGGGUGUAGCACCCCAACUAGCGAAGGAUUUGCUUUCCCCAUUUCUACUCAUGUAUCAAAGUCACAUAUGGAAUUUGUAUUUAAGGGUCCUGCACCCGAGUAUGUCGGACGAUAAAAGUAUUGUGUCAGUUCUAUGGAUGAUUAGUAAGAUAAAUUCACUUGGAUAUAUUUGUUUCA